AUGCUCUGGAGAAGGAUGAACAAAAACACUAACUCAUCUCCAUCCCUAAUUCUUGGGUCUCCCCAAGCAAAACUAUCCUGAGGUCCAAUUUCCGUUUACUUCUCACCCCUUUUGGUAGUUCUGUCUGGAGAGGCUGUAAGAAGGCCUUAACUGUUUUUGUGUUCCUCCCACUUCCUCCACCCUCACUCCUUUUAAGAUAUAAAAAAAAAAAAAAACAGCUUCCCAGGGAAGCCAUCACUCAGUCUAGAGAAGUGGCUCAAAUUGUUCCAGUUUAAUAUUCAGUAUUACUGCUCCCCCUCAAUCUCCAAUUCUCAUAAACAAGAAGUGAACAGGAUUUGGGAGUAAGGGUAAAGAAGGGAAUCUGGGUAUUUGUCUCCAGUUCCCCAUGGAUUCCUCACCCUUCCCAGGAUCCUCCAAUUCCUUCCCACUUUCCCAAAAUGGUGUGUAUGCUCCUUUAAGGGGCUGGGCAUCUCUCCCGCCCUCUCCAGAGUCGACUGAAGUUUCCGAGGAGCCUCCUCUAGCUGAACACAGCUUUCAAAGACCCCAAAUCGUGCUACAUGCACCUCAAACGUUCCUUUGCCCUGACAGUUCCCUUGCCCGGAUCCCAUCCCUGACUUCCUUCCUCUCAGCUACAAGAUUCAGCCUCUCCCCAAGGGGCUUGAGCAUCCUUGAAGUUUCCCACCUUUAACUGCUCCGUCCCCGGAUGGAGCCGGAGAAAUGUGGUGGGGGGGCAGGGGCCAGAGUUUCAACAUCGCCCCCCAGAAGGAAGAGCCAGAGAUGGGGCCCUCUGGACCACAGUCUGUCCAGGGGAGUGGGAUGCCAGAGCCCAGGAAUCCUCAACUUGGCAGCUGCCUGGCCUCUGGAUGCCUCCCAGGGGAGCAGAUCCUAGCAUGGGCCCCAGGGGUGCGGAAGGGGCUGGAACCUGAAUUGCCUGGAACCCUGAUCUGUACCAACUUGAGGGUCACCUUCCAGCCCUAUGGAUGGCAGCGACAUCAGGAGACUCCCCUAAGCAGUGAUUAUGAUUUUGCCCUGGUCAACAUUGGGCAAUUAGAGGCUGUGAGUAGCCUGUCUCGAGUCCAACUCCAUCGUCCAGGGUCCCUGCUUAAAUUUAUCCCUGAGGAGAUCCUGAUUCACGGCCGAGACUUCCGGCUGCUCAGAGUUGGUUUUGAGGCUGGAGGACUAGAGCCUCAGGCCUUUCAGGUGACUAUGGCCAUUGCCCAAGCCAGAGCUCAGAGCAGUCAAACCCAACAGUACUCAGGGAUAGCCCUGAGCAAGACUGGCCAGAGUUCUGGCUCCAGAAAAUCACCUAUUCCCCUCUUGGAGACAUCAGAAGACUGGGAGACGGAGAGGAAAAAGCAGGGUGCCAAAGGCUGGCGAGUUAGUCUUGUCAAUGAGAGAUUCGACGUCGCCACCAGCCUCCCCCGUUACUUCUGGGUCCCUAACCGAACUCUGGACAGUGAGGUCAGGAGAGCAUUUGGCCACUUUCAUCAAGGCCGUGGACCGCGCCUGUCCUGGCAUCACCCUGGGGGUAGUGAUCUUCUCCGUUGUGGAGGUUUCUACACAGCCAGUGACCCUAACAAGGAGGAUAUCAGAGCAGUGGAGUCUAUGCUCCAGGCUGGGCAUUCUGACGUUGUCCUGGUCGACACUAUGGAUGAGCUGCCUAGUCUUGCAGAUGUCCAACUUGCCCAUUUGAGGCUGAGGGCCCUCUGUCUGCCUGAUUCAUCUGUAUCUGAGGAUAAAUGGCUCUCAGCCCUGGAAGGAACACGAUGGUUGGACUAUGUCAGGUCUUGCCUUCGAAAGGCCAGUGACAUUUCAGUUUUAGUGACAUCAAGAGUUCGCUCUGUAGUACUUCAAGAGCGUGGCGAUCGUGAUUUCAAUGGCCUCCUCUCUUCACUGGUCCAGCUGCUUUCAGCCCCUGAAGCCCGAACACUGCUUGGCUUCCAAUCACUAGUGCAGCGAGAGUGGGUGGCAGCUGGACAUCCCUUCCUGACUCGAUUUGGGGUAACUGGGGUCGGUGAAAAGGCCCCGGUGUUUCUCCUCUUCCUUGAUUGUGUCUGGCAGCUCCUCCAGCAGUUUCCAGCUGAGUUUGAAUUCUCCGAGUUUUUCCUUGUUGCUCUUCAUGACAGUGUCAGGGUUCCUGACACACUUACAUUCUUGAGAGACAAUCCCUGGGAGCGUGGAAAGCAGAGUAGACAGUUCAACUCCUAUACGCAAGUCUAUACCCCAGGGUACUCCCACCCCCCAGAUGGGAACUCUAUUAACGCACAGCUCUCUGUCUGGGACUGGGAUUUACGCUACAGCAAGGAACAGAUACUACAAUUCCAUAAUCCUGGCUAUGACCCCGAACACUGCCAAGAUUCCUGGCUCCCUAGACAGCAGCCAAGCUUCAUGGUUCCUGGACCUCCCAGUUCUGUGUGGCUCUUCUCUAGAGGGGCUUUGACUGCCCUGAAUCAGCUCUGUCCUUGGCGGGACAGUCCUUCCCUGCUGGCAGUCUCUUCACGUUGGCUCCCUCGACCUGCUAUCUCUUCGGAAAGUCUAGCUGAUCAAGAGUGGGGGCUCCCCUCCCAUUGGGGAGCUUGCCCUUUACCCGCAGGGCUGCUGCUGCCUGGGUAUUUGGGACCCCAGAUCAGGCUCUGGAGACGCUGCUACCUAAGGGGAAGGCCUGAGGUCCAGAUGGGCCUCUCAGCUCCCACCAUCACUGGCCUCCAGGAUGAGCUAUCCUGUCUGCAGGAGCUAUUAAAGAAAUGGACUCCAAGAAUAUCUCCUGAGGAUCACUCCAACAAAAGAGAUCCAAAUCCCAUUCUCCUCAAUUCUGUUGAAAUUGCUGGCUUUCUUAUGGGCAGGACAAAAGGUGGUCUGGGGUGAGAGAGGGUUCUGUCUAAUCCUUUCCAUUUUUCUCAUCUGGUCUUGCUGCCUCAGCUUUCACAUUCCAGCCUUCAAACAAGAUCUAACUUUGCAGAUGGGUGGUGCUACCUACAACUCUUGCUCUGUCCUGUUUAGUUCCUCAAGAUUGUAUAUAGUGUCUUGUGAUUUGAACAAAGAAACAAAAACAAACCAAAAUAUGAUCACCUGUCUCUUUUCUGGCAAAUUCCAUCCCUUUUGGAUAUCCAACUGUUAAUUUUGAGUUCAGACCUCAUUUUCACCUCCUUUUGCUGUUUCUUUAAUUCCAAUUUCUACUUCUUCCCUAGAGCUUCCUAUGGGCAUGGAGUGGAUAUGGGAAACACCCUGUCUCUUCCAAUUGUAUAUUUUUGUAGUGAAUUUCUAUUUAAGGGGUUCAUUAAAGCGCAGUAUUUAUACUUG